CACAAUGGCGUCUCAAGACGGAGGUGCGAAAAAACUGAAAGAGUUGCGCGUUGUUGAUUUAAGAAGAGAAUUAGAGAACCGAGGACUCGACAAGACAGGAGUUAAAGCAGUUUUGACAGAAAGGUUACAAAAGGCUUUAGAAGAUGAAGGAGAGGACCCGAAUGAAUUUAUAUUUGAACCAGGAACUGAUUCACCUAAAAGAUCAACUCCUGCAGCUCUUACUAAGAAGACAGCACCAAGGUCAGGUGUCAAAGGAAAAGCAAAAGAGGAUGGAGAUGAGGAAGAAAUGGUAGACGAUUCCCUGCUAGAGGAAGACUUGGACCUUGAAGAUGAGAUUGGGAACAUAGAUGAUGCAGAUAUGGAACUGCUGGAAUCAGAAAUGCAGGUCAUAGACCAGGAAAUGGGAACACCAGAGACUGGUACCGUUGAUGAAGAGAUGGUUGAGGAUCAAAAGACUACAGGGAAGAAGGAGGAAGAGAAACCUUCAGUGGAGCCAGCAGCAGCAGAUAAAGCACCUGAAAAAUCUGCUCCUGCUAAGACAGAGGAAGAAAUGCCAAUGGAAACCAACGAGGAAGCUGCCGUUUCCGUACCAACAGUGAAGGCUGAGCAGGUUACUCCAACCAAGGAGGUUAAGCAAGCUCCUCCAGCCAAGGAGGUUAAACCAGUACCCCUAGUCAAGGAAGUCAAGCUCAAGGAGGAACCUGUUACAUCGCCUGCUCCUGUCAAUGAGAAAGCUCCAGCUGCCAACACUGUGGUGAAAAAGGAAGACACUGGUAUUCCGCCAGACCCAGCCACUGUUGUCCCCUUGGUCCCCCUUACAGUGGAGGACAAGAUACGAAUGGAUACUUCUCAAGGGAUACAGACAGAGGAGAACGAAUCCUUGGAUGUUCAUGUGGAUGACACACAAAAUGACCUGGAUGCUGACCUUCUUGGUUCAGAGAAAUCCAGCCAGGAAAAGAAAGAUCCUGCAUCGACAGAUGCCAAAGCUGAAGAAAAGAAAGAAGGUGAGGAGCAAGCUGUGGUCAAGGAUGGGGAGACGAAAGUGGAGCCUACAACCCCUGACACUGAGGCAAAGGAAGUUUCAUCUGUAUCACCAGGAAAAGAUGCAAAAGGAGAGAAAAAAACAGCUGAUAAGAAGGAUGAAAAUGACACCAGCAAACCAGCUUCUUCCUCCAGCACUGCUAAGAGCAGUACAGCAACAAAAGAUCAGAAAAAGGAUGAGAAGGGAAGUAGUGGGGCAGGGCGUAACCUGUGGGUGAGCGGACUUUCCUCUUCCACUCGGGCGACAGACCUCAAGGCAUUGUUCAGCAAACAUGGCAAGGUGGUAGGUGCUAAGGUGGUGACAAAUGCAAGGAGCCCAGGCUCCAAAUGCUAUGGAUUUGUUACCAUGUCAACAGCUGAUGAGGCUACAAAAUGCAUACAGCAUCUUCAUCGUACUGAACUCCAUGGCAAAAUGAUUUCUGUUGAAAGGGCAAAGAACGAGCCUGGUGCACAGGUGAAGGGUGCAACAGCCGCAGGAUCGACCACUAGGAAGCCAGAUGCUAGGUCUCCUGCUGACAAGAAGAGUACCACACCUCGCAAAGACGAUCGAGAUAAUGCAAGAGACAGUGAGAAGAAGUCGGACGAUAAGAAGGAUGACAAAAAAGAUACUAAAAGAGACUCCAGGAGAGACCAUAAAUCCUCAAGUUCUCGAAGUGAUGACAAACAUUCAAGUAGCACCAGACGAGACACACAUAGACGUUCAACUGGAUCUGGAUCAGACCGAUCAAGGACUGUUGUGAUGGACAAAUCUAAGGGUGAACCUGUCGUAAGGGUCAGCAGUCGUGACAGGUCAUCUAGUCGUGUGUCCAAGUCACCCUCAAAAGCGAAGUCGACUACAUCCACAGACCAGAAAUCCCCAGCAGCUGCUAAAUCUGGUUCAGGUUCUGGUUCCAAGGAAGGAGAGUCUGCCAAAAAAGAGGACACUAAGGAUGCUCUUUCCUUUGAUAAAAUACAGGAGGAGAGGGAACGCGAACGUCUGCGCCAGAGAGAAAGGAAGCUUAGGGAGGAAGAGAGGAUAAAGAAACAGGAGAUCGAAUUUGAGAAACGUCGCCAGCGUGAUGUUCACAUGAAACAGCGUGCAGAGGCCAUCCGACUUGCCAGGGAAAGGGAACGUCUUAGGAAAGAAAGGGAGCUUCUCGAGAGGGAACGCAUGGAGACUCAGCGACUAGAGCGACUUCGUGCAGAGCAGAUGGAACGGGAGCGCCUUGAGAGAGAACGAGAAGAAAAGAGACGACUUGAACAACUGAGACAAGCAGAGGCAGAGCAGCGACGAGCAGCCCUUAAGCGCACCUAUGAAUCACGAGGUUCCCGAGACAAUGACUGGUCACAGCCAAAGCGUGCCAACAGAUUCAAUGAAAAUGAAACAAGGGAUAAGAGUGGUAGAGACAAUAGACAGAACCGUGACAAUACUAACCGCUUUAAUGACCGUGGGUCUGGCGGUGGGACUUCUGGUGGUGGGAACUUUGAGCGUAAGGUGGAGAGGUAUGAUCGUAGAGAAGUGAAUCGUGUACAGGACAACCGUAACAAUGACAACAGGGGAAGGCAGUUUGAAGACAACCGGAGAAGUGGUGGCCGAGGCGAAGAUAACUUUCGUGAAGAACAAAGAGAUGACCGUCGUAAUGAUGAUAGAUUUGGGAGAUCAUACAACGACAGGAGUGUGAACCAUGCUCAGACACAUGAUGCAGCAAACAGGUCACAUGACAGAAACAAUAUUCGUGAUGAUCGAAGGGACACAGGUUUCAACCGCAACCAGUCUCGGGAUCAUGUAAGGGAGGACCGACGAGGUGUAGAUAUGGCUCAGGAUGACCGGCGUGGUGGAAACAUUAGGGACAAUCAGAGAGAUAACCGAAAUAUGGGGGCUGUUGGAGGUGGACACAACAUGAGGGUGACAUCUCCACGACACACAGACAACAGAGGUGAAUGGAAGUCAGAACGAGAUACACGCCAACAGGGUGACUCUCGGGUAGUUGUUAGAGGUCAGAACAACAUGGCUGGAGGAGGACGGGACAGCUGGCAAGGUGGUCAUGGUGGGGGACAUAGUGGUGGUCAUGGGAGCUACUCUAAUGUAGUCCAGGAUGACCGUAACCGUGGUAGCAACAAGGGUUUCAGUGGCCACAAUAGUGGUGCAGGCCUCUUAGGAAAUGCUCCACAGAGUCAGAAUCGUCAGUGGGGAUCAGGCACAGACAAUCGUAGCAAGAUGGACGGCAACUGGUCAACACACAACAAUAUGGAUCAACGUGUCACUCCACAGCAGCAGGACCGCUGGUCAGGGGGAGUGACAAUACAACAGGAGGCAAGACCCACAAGCUUCACACAGCCUGUUGCCACUGGCCUUAUCAGUGUCCCUCCCAAUGUGUACAUGACAUCUGUUCCUCAACAGUCCGGGAUGAUCAUAGGCAAUAUCACAACGGGGCGUCAACCUGAGCCACGGUUUGACGCUUACAAAAUGCAGACAGGAACAAUGAGACGGACAUACUGAGAACUGUUAAUCUGUAAAAAGCAAACAAUGAGAACUAGCAAUUAUUUUGGUAUAAAGUUUGUGAUUUUAUUUUCAGCAUAUGAUGCUUGUGAAUUAAAGAACAUUAUUUGUUGCAUUUUUAGGGCAGAAUUUGUUAAAGCAAGGCUUUCUCAAGUUUUCAAGGUAGUCAUCAUGAUCAUAAACUUUGUAAAAAUAUUGAUCGCUACAGUUCCAAAGACCCAAGAUUUGAUCAUUGUUCACAAUUUCAAGAGCAUUAUCAUUGAAAUAAAUCAUGAAUGAAAGGGGAAAAAAACAUUGAUUCACUUUUAAUGCAAUCUGUGAGGGUAUUUGAUAGGUUGAAAAAAGAAUUCCAUUCUGUUUUUGUCUAUAGGUGUAAAUGUGUUUUGUGUGCCAUUAAGAAUUUGGUGGGAUUUGUUUUCUGUUUUAUGUUUGUACUUGUGAAUGGAAAUCAAAAUAAUUGUAUGACAUUUUUAAUUCAUCCUCGUCAAUCAUGUUUAUGUAAAUAUAUUUGCAUUUUAUUAUCUGGGGUUCCAUAUCAUAUGGAGAACAGUGUUAUGUUUUCAGGUGCCAAUUGAAUUUUAUCAAUCCAGAGACUUAGUAUUUGAAGCAAUUUUAAAGAUCAGCUGACAUUUUCCAUACCAUAUUGUAUAAUCACUUGUCAGUGAAUUCUACAAGUUACCCAUUACUUUGUCAUAGUUGGAGGCCAUUAGAAAGAUACUUAAAUCCAGGGACAGACAUCCAAGAAUCAUUUCCAAUAUUUAUAGAUGAAUUCCAUUGAAUACCACAUUCAUAAACACGACCAAUUAUCAUCCUGCUGUUAUCAAAUAUGUGUGAAGAUUUUCUUUGUAUCAGUUCAGCAGUCACUACAUCAUCAUUCUCAACCAUUUAUCAUCAGUAUCAGGAUGUCAGCUUUAUGAUGUUUGUCAUUGGAAGUGAAAAUAAACAUGUCUAAAGAAAU